AUGUUGCUCCCAAGGAUACGGGCACUGCCCACAGGCUCAUCGCCAGCCAUUUCUACCCUCGAAACUGCUCUGUCCGCUUUGCGCCUGUCGUCAUCAGCAACCACCAGCAUUACCAGCAUCGCUGUGCGCCAUGCCUCGCACAAGGCUCAGGGAGCCGCCAACUCUGCAAAGGACGGUCCAGGAAAGAGAUUGGGUGCUAAGAAGAGUGGAGAACAAUAUGUGAUCCCGGGCAACAUCAUCUUCCGCCAACGCGGCACCAAAUGGUUCCCAGGCGACAACUGCGCCAUGGGCCGCGACCAUACCAUCUACGCCACCCAACCGGGCUACGUAAAAUACUACAAAGACCCCCUGAAGCACCCAAAACGCCAAUACAUCGGUGUGGUAUUCGAGCGCAGUCAAGUGCUGCCACAACCACCUCAUGCAGUGCGUAGACGACGUCUAGGCAUGUUGGCCUACCAGAUGGAAACUCCCCACUUGGAAGCACAACUGCAAGGCGACCUAGUCACAGGCGCAGAAACAGGAUUGGGCAAAGUUGUUGUCAAGGACAAGAUUACUGGCGAGGUUGUUAGAGCAACACCGACACUUAGACCUGGAUACCAGUACCGCGCUGCCAAUUGGGAGAUUGGAAGGGCUGCUGAGAGAGCUGGAAUCAGAGUUACGCCAUUCAAGCCCGGAAACAGAUUUUUGGCUUGGAGAAAGGCGGCGGCGAGGAAGGCUAGGAAUGCUGAGAGGAGAGGCUUGACGAGGAGACGUUAG